AUGGAGUCUUUAAUAAGAUAUGGAACUGCUGGAUUUAGAGACAGAGCGGAAAAUUUAGAUACAGUAUUAUCCAGAGUUGGUAUAUUAGCUGUUUUAAGGUCAAAAAAGAAAAAUGGACAAGCAAUUGGUUUGAUGAUAACAGCUUCACAUAAUCCUGAAUGUGAUAAUGGUGUUAAACUCAUCGAUCCACAAGGUGAAAUGUUAGAACAAUCAUGGGAAGAAUUAGCGACAACAUUGGCUAAUUGCGAUGAUAGCAAUCUUAGCAAAGUGAUUGAACAAAUUGUCGAAAGUCAAAAUAUUGAUAUGACUAAACCUGGUUUAGUGUUGCUUGGAAGAGACACAAGAUCGAGUAGUCCAAAAUUAUCUGAACUAGCCAUUGAUGGUAUAAAAUCGAUGAAUGGACAGUUUAAAGAUUAUGGAAUUGUUACAACACCUUUUUUACACUAUAUGGUAUUUUGUAAAAAUACAUUCGAAGGUGGAAAAGAACCUGUGGUGGAUGAUUACAAUUCAAAACUUGUUAAAUCAUUCAAAAUCUUAAACGAUUACAAUCAUGGGGGUUGUAAAAACUACAAACCAUUUGUUUUAUUAGAUGGUGCAAAUGGUGUGGGAGCAUUGAAAGUUAACGAAAUCAAAUCCGAAUUGGAAAAUCUUUUAAAUAUAAAAGUGUACAACAGUGGAAAUGGAAAAUUAAAUGAUAAAUGUGGAGCUGAUUACAUAAAAGUUCACAAAAAGGCUCCAGAAGGAGUUCCAGUUGAAAUCAAUGCAAGGUGUUUAGCAUUCGAUGGUGAUGCGGAUCGUUUGGUUUAUUAUUAUAUAGAUGAUUCGAAAGUAUUUCAUUUACUAGACGGUGAUAAAAUAGCAACCUUGUUGGCGGAUUAUUUAAUUGAAUUGAUAAGAAAAGCAAAUGUUGAUAUUAAUUUAGGAUUAGUUCAAACGGCUUAUGCCAAUGGAAGUUCUACAAAUUACGUUAAAAAUACUCUGAAAAUUCCUGUUGCUUGUUGUCCAACAGGUGUUAAACAUUUACAUCACAAAGCACUUGAAUAUGACGUAGGAGUUUAUUUCGAAGCAAACGGUCAUGGAAGUGUUUUAUUUAAAAAAACAGCAGAAGAUAAAAUUCGAAACAAAGUUAAUUCUUCGACAUCAUCCCAAGAAGAGAAAACUAGCGCUUCCAGACUUUUGGCUUUGAUCGAAUUGACUAAUCAAACGGUGGGAGAUGCUCUUUCCGAUGCUUUAUUAGUAGAAACUGUACUCAAGGCUAAAGGUUGGAAUUUGCAAGAUUGGGAAAAAACAUACACGGAUUUGCCCAACAGAUUGCUCAAAGUUGCCGUUAAGGACAACACUGCCAUAAAAACGGAUUACACCGAACAGGUUUGCUUGCAUCCUGGCGAAUUACAAAAUAAAAUAAACGAACUUGUUGCCAACGUGAAUAAUGGCCGAUCAUUUAUCAGACCUUCUGGAACUGAAAAAGUCGUUCGUAUUUAUUCAGAAGCUUCCACUCAGCUGGAAGCUGAUAAAUUGGCAAUGGAUGUUGCCAAAGCAGUUUACGAAUUAGCAGACGGCGUUGGAAAUCUUCCGACGCUUUAA